AUGGAAAUUGCGUCCACCUCAGAAUCAGAAGCAUUAUCUGUAGCCUAUUGCUUUAGCCCUUCCAUGAGAAGUUAUUCCACCCCACAGGAUAAUCAGAAUUAUUGCAUUAUCGCUGACGCUGCGUAUUCUCCUUCCACAGAAAUGUGCAGGAACAACGUUUCAGAUGGGCUUAAAGAUUUCUUUUAUGCAGUGCAGAGCUCAGAAGGACUGCUCUGUUUGUCUGCCUGUAGCUCCGAAUCCAACAGAAGUCUAAAUUGUUACGAUGGAAGUUGUCAACUCCAGAAUGUGACAGGUCCACGUUGCCUUUGCCCAAGAACUGACCUAUACAUCUACACGUCCAGCAACUGCCAGGGGAGACUGCUAAAGGCGGGGAUCUACGGGGGCGUGGGCGCAUCCAUCGCCAUCCUGCUCAUUGCGAUAUUUGUGGCGGCAUUCUUCAUCUUUAGAUGGGGGAAAGUAGAAAAGUGGGAUGUCUUUGCCAUGAAUCAGGAGGAAAACUGGUAUGAGGAUAAAGACGAUGAGUGGCACACUGAUCGUGGCAUCAUCAACAUAUCUCAGAUUCCAGAAGAAGAUUUGUACAAUAGAGGGAAGUUUACGCCAACCCUGGAGAACAUAGACACAAAACUUGAGAUCAAGAUACAAAGACCAAAGAUCUCUUAUGCGUAAUGUGGCUGCCAGGAUGGUGCAGGGGAGGGAUCACGGAAGCCUACAAUAGUCCUCAUAGACAUUUUGGAACACUUCUGUAACACUGUGCCAAGUCUUGAAAGCUCAUCAGACAACUUUGUCGCUGCUGCUACAGCUGGAACCACAUUAUUGAGGCUUUAAAUCCACCAGGAAUGAGUUCUGAAGGAUGAUGACCACUACAAGCCCAGAAACUGACCUCUUCCGCACUUCCAGCUAUUCUUCUCCACACGCCCCAUUCUGCCUUGGUUCUGGCAGUACAGUCUACUCCUGAACCCACCUCCUAGUCCUGUAGGACUGCACUGCGGUCUUAUCCGCACUGCAUUGAACCAGGUUCUGCACUGACUGUCCGUCUUGUACUCUCACAUCCAGGAUAAUAUUUUCCCUUCUGCUACU